CCGUCCUGUGCCCCUGGAAGCCCCCCUGAGCCUCCUUGUCUCCAGGCUGAGGCCCCCAGCUCCCUCAGGUGUUAUUUGUGCUCUAGACUCUUCCCCAGCUCCAUUCCUUUCUCUGGACACAUUCCAGCCCCUCAGUAUCUUUCUUGUCGUGAGGGGCCCAGAACUGGACACAAGAUUCGAGAUGCCUCAGCAGUGCCCAGCACAGGAACAGGCACUGCCCUGGUCCUGCUGCCACACCGUGGCUGGUACAAGCCUGGAUGUCACUGGCCUUCUUGACCACCUGGGCACACACUGGUGUGCCAACUCCCCACACCCAGCUGUGGAAGCAAAGAGCACCCCCAGGCAAUGAGAGCCACUCUCCCAGUUUUCCCUGGCUGGUUCAGGUGCCCAGGUGGGAGCAGAGUGCAGGAAAACAACUGGCUCUGAGUAAGGGGAGUAAGGGGCUCCAUGGGGAGCCCCUGCUGCCAGCUCGUCACACGCGUGUGCUGAGCCCUGCACCGACAACAUCCCGGUCUGCCUCAGAUCUCUAACUCAGGGCCAUCCAGUAUAUCCACAAGCUGCAGUAUCAUUUCAUGUUCUCCCCAGCCUAGCAUGGGUUAGUAGCUGAAAAAAAUACACAUUAAUUACUUUCAGAUCUCUAAUUCUGAUCCAUGAACUACACAACCAGCUACCACAGCAUUGCUAUUCCAUGCCUGCUGUUGGAAAGGCCCCACUUUGCAUUACAACAGUCACACUCUGAUUUCAUAAUGUUCCCCAUCAUGAUAUGAAAACAUCUGUCAAGAUAAUAGUUGCUGUAAAAUCUUAACAGAAGGUAGGCUGGAGCAAGGGCUGAGAUACAAAACUGUGCCUGUCACACUGCAAAGCAGGGAUGUCAGGAGACUUGGGGAGCGCAGGUGAAUCUGCACAUCUCAAUUUUGGAGUUUUUUUCUUUGGUGUUAAGAACAUGCAUUAGAUUUUCCUGUCUCAAGAAAUAAGUGUACAAACCUUUCUAUGUCUGGACUUGCCUGUGCUUCAGAGCCCCUGAAUGAUUGACAAGCUGUAUGAUUUGGGAUGACAGCUUUGUGCGAUUGAAAAUCAGAAAGUCCCAUGAUAGAUACAAAACUUAAGUCUCCCUUAUAAAUGACAGUAGGAAUUGAAUGAGUGGGACACUGCCGGUGUUUCAAGCCAAUCAAGAAAGUUGCAAAAUUUCAGCAAGCUGAAGAAAGAUUACUGUUGUUAUUCUGUGUGUCUGGAGUUUUCCAGAGAGCAACUACUUUAGAAACUCUCUGUAUUUCCCUCUGGUAGGGUAGUUGGUCUUCCCACUCUGCAGGGGAGAUCAUAAAGGAAUGAUUUGUCUCUUCUACAGGGAAGAGGCUGGAUCAGACUCAAAGCAGGCUGUGACACUUGGGUUCCAGCUUCUGAGUACAGGAUUUCAGGAGGACAUCCAAUCCCCAAGGGCUUGACAUGAAGCCACUUGUGCUGUGCAGGGGAUUGUUAAGCACCCCAGAGGGACAAAUCACAAACUCUUCUAAAAAAGGGGGGAUCUGCUUAGCCUGAGCUGGUCUUGGAGGUCUUUUCCAACCUUAAUGAUUCUGUGGGUGGGGUCCAACCCCCUUGCUUUGGGCAUGCCUGGGAGCAGGAAAUGCCCUGUCUUAAUCACACUGGCGAUUCAGUGUCAGGAAAAAGUCCCAAACUGCUUAUUGGUCUGGUGUGUCUCAGUUUUUUGCUCUCAGUACAUUCACUGUGCUGAGUUCAAAGGGCUGAUCACAAGGGAUGAGGGCUAAAAAAAGCUUUUCUCUCAUCCUCCAGGCUUAGGGGGAUUCUAGGAAUUCAUAGUUCAUGAGAUAUGUGGCUGUUGUGUCCAUUUUUAGUGACCUUAAAUGAAAUUACGGGCAACAUGGAACAUGUUUUUCAAAACGCUGGUGACUGACUCUGCUGCAAGCCCACAAGGUUAGUUCUUGUUGUGCAAACACAAGCAGGGUCAGCCACUGUGGCCUAAAGACAAGGUGACGUCCCCUGUGCUGCAGCAGCAGCUGCAGGUGUCCCAGGGUGCUCCAGCUGGGAGUGGUGCUUUGGGAGGUGGCAGGAGCUAUUUGGAGUGGGCUUCUGGCUUCACACAAGUCCUGUAGGCUUCACUCUGCUGAGGGAAAGCUGGUGCUGCAGCCUUGGAUGAGCAUCCAUGCAGAACAGGGAGAAAAUAGGGCUUACUGAGCAGUAACAGAAAAUGACCAGAACAGAGAUCCUUCCUCUCCUGCACCAGGAGCUCACUCUAUCUGUGCAUGAAGGCUCCCACUGCUCCUGCCAGUCAUUGCCUGGCUGCUCUGUACCAACCAAACUAUGUUUGGGACUGGAAGACCUCCCUUCAAAGCCCACUCUGGCCCCAGGGAACUCAUACCCGCUUUUCAAGAGUUUUUGAGUCAACUUUGCUGGUUUUGCAAAAGUCAGUGAAGGCUUGAUCUCACUGGAAAUGUGCACCUGGGGUCACAGGCCAGGAAGGCAGUACCCCAGCAGCAGCCUGGCUGUGCUGCCCUGAGACGGGAGAGCUCAGCUCCAAGUCCUGCCUGUCCCCCUGCCUCUCCUGCAGAGUUGGGGAAUUUUGCUGCAGUUGUAUUUUUUUUCCAUGCUAAUUCCCACUGUUUUCCUAUGCUUUUCAGGGCACACACGUUGGCUGAAGUGGAUUCAAGGGUGUUUUGGCAGCGUGGUCUGAGAAGCCUGUGGCACAACCUUGGUCUGAGGAAGGGAGAGGAAUGACUGAGUCUAUGGCCAGGCCUUACUGCCUGAGCUGCCCACGUCAGAGAUGCAGAGAGAUCUGAGAUGUCAGCCUGUUCCUUCCUGCUUUCUGUUGACUGAUUGUUAAGCUCCAGCCAUGAGCAGAGACGCUGCCAUGGAAGUUUUUGGUGAGGCUGCACCGUACCUGCGCAAGUCAGAGAAGGAGAGAAUAGAAGCCCAGAACCAACCAUUUGAUGCCAAGACCUACUGCUUUGUGGCUGACCCUGAGGUGGAGUACACCAAAGGGAAGAUCAAGGCUGCACAGGAUGGGAAGAUAACUGUGGAGACAGAGGAUGGCAGAACAGUUGCUGUCAAACCUGAUGAUGUGUAUGCCAUGAACCCACCAAAGUUUGACAGAGUUGAGGAUGUGGCCAUGCUGACCCACCUGCAUGAACCCGCCGUCCUCUACAACCUCAAGGACCGCUACAGCUCCUGGAUGAUCUAUACCUACUCGGGUCUCUUCUGCAUCAGUGUCAACCCCUACAAGUGGCUGCCCGUGUACAACCCGGAGGUGGUGUUGGCCUACCGAGGCAAGAAGCGCCAGGAGGCCCCUCCACACAUCUUCUCCAUCUCUGACAACGCCUAUCAGUUCAUGCUCACUGAUCGUGAAAACCAGUCUAUCCUGAUCACCGGGGAAUCUGGUGCCGGGAAGACUGUGAACACAAAACGUGUCAUCCAAUACUAUGCAACCAUUGCAGCCAGCGGGGACCCAGCCAUGAAGGAGUCUGGGAUGAAGGGUACACUCAAGGAUCAAAUCCUCAGCGCCAACCCACUGCUGGAGGCCUUUGGGAAUGCCAAGACAAUGAGAAAUGACAACUCCUCACGCUUUGGUAAAUUCAUUCGUAUCCAUUUUGGAACCUCUGGAAAACUGGCGUCUGGUGACAUUGAGACCUACCUGCUGGAAAAGUCAAGAGUCACUUUCCAGCUGAAAGCUGAGAGAAGCUACCAUAUCUUCUACCAGAUCCUCUCCAAUAAGAAGCCUGAACUGCUUGAGAUGCUUCUCAUCACUGCCAACCCAUAUGACUACCCCUUCAUCAGCCAAGGGCAGAUCUCUGUGGCGAGCAUUGAUGACCAGGAGGAGCUUGUUGCCACAGAUGCAGCCAUUGGCAUUUUGGGCUUCAGCCCUGAUGAGAGAAUGGGGAUUUACAAGCUGACAGGGGCAAUCCUGCACUAUGGAAACAUAAAGUUCAAGCAGAAACCACGUGAGGAGCAAGCAGAGCCAGAUGGCACAGAAGAGGCUGACAAAGCAGCAUAUCUGAUGGGCCUGAAUUCAGCAGACUUGCUGAAAGCUUUGUGCUAUCCCCGGGUGAAAGUGGGAAAUGAAUAUGUCUUGAAGGGCCAAACAGUGGAUCAGGUGCACCAGGCAGUGAGUGCCAUUGCCAAGUCAGUCUAUGAGAAACUCUUCCUGUGGAUGGUGAUGCGCAUCAACCAACAGCUGGACACAAAGCUGCCAAGGCAGCACUUUAUUGGGGUCUUAGACAUCGCUGGAUUUGAGAUCUUUGAGUUCAACAGCUUUGAGCAGCUGUGCAUCAACUUCACCAACGAGAAACUGCAACAGUUCUUCAACCACCACAUGUUCGUGCUGGAGCAGGAGGAGUACAAGAAGGAGGGAAUUGAGUGGACAUUCAUUGACUUUGGGAUGGACCUGGCUGCCUGCAUUGAGCUUAUAGAAAAGCCCAUGGGCAUCUUCUCCAUCCUGGAAGAGGAGUGCAUGUUCCCCAAGGCAACUGACACCUCUUUCAAGAACAAGCUCUAUGACCAGCACCUGGGCAAAUCCAGCAACUUCCAGAAGCCCAAGCCUGCCAAAGGCAAGGCUGAGGCCCACUUCUCCCUGGUGCACUACGCUGGCACAGUGGACUACAACAUCACUGGGUGGCUGGAGAAGAACAAGGACCCCCUGAAUGAAACUGUCAUUGGGCUGUACCAGAAAUCAUCUGUGAAGGUUUUAUGCCAUCUUUAUGCUGCCUUUUCUUCCAUAGAUGAAGCUGAAGGUGGUGGAAAGAAGAAAGAAACCAAGAAAAAGGGCUCUUCCUUCCAGACUGUGUCUGUGCUCUUUCGGGAAAAUCUAAACAAGCUGAUGUCCAACUUGCGAACAACUCAUCCUCACUUUGUGCGUUGCAUCAUCCCCAAUGAAACAAAGACCCCAGGCCUCAUGGAUCACAAGCUCGUUCUGCACCAGCUGCGGUGUAACGGUGUCCUGGAAGGUAUUCGGAUCUGCAGGAAAGGAUUUCCUAACAGGAUUCCAUAUGGGGAUUUUAAACAAAGAUACCGCCUUCUGAACGCUGGUGUCAUUCCAGAGGGAAAGUUUAUUGACAGCAAGAAGGCAUGUGAAAAGUUGCUGUCUUCCAUUGAGAUAGAUCACACUCAGUACAAAUUUGGACAGACUAAGGUGUUCUUCAAGGCAGGUUUGCUGGGUGUCCUGGAAGAGAUGCGAGAUGAUUGCUUAGGACAGCUGAUCACAUGGACCCAGGCUUUGUGCAGGGGAUACCUCAGGAGACUUGAGCUGAAAAGAAUGUUCGACCAAAGAGAGUCCAUCCUCUGCAUCCAGUACAACAUCCGUGCAUUCAUGAAAGUCAAGCGGUGGCCCUGGAUGAAGCUGUACUUCAAGUUAAAACCUCUCUUGAAAAGUGUGGAAACUGAAAAAGAAAUGGCCACAAUGAAAGAAGAGUUUGAGAGAACAAAAGAAGAACUGGCUAAAUCAGAAACCAAGAGGAAAGAACUAGAAGAGAAAGUGGUGAUUCUGGUGAAAGAGAAAAAGGAUCUGCAGCUGAAAGUACAGAUGGAAAAUGAAAAUUUGGCUGAUGCUGAAGAAAGAUGUGACCAGCUGAUCAAAGCAAAAUUCCAGCUGGAAGCAAGAAUAAGGGAGAUAAUGGAAAAGCUGGAGGAUGAAGAGGAGAUAAAUGCUGAUCUGGCAGCCAAAAAGAGGAAACUGGAGGAUGAAUGCUCUGAGCUGAAGAAAGAUUUUGAUGACCUCGAGUUAACAUUGUUCGAGGCUGAAAAGGAAAAGCAUACCACAGAAAACAAGGUGAAAAAUCUGACUGAAGUAGUGACAGGUUUGGAUGAGACUGUUGCAAAGUUAGUCAAGGAGAAGAAGACUCUGCAAGAAGCCCAGCAACAGGCUCUGGAUGACCUGCAAAUUGAGGAGGACAAAGUUAAUAACCUCACCAAAGCCAGAAUCAAGCUGGAGCAGCAAGUGAACCAUGUUGAAGGAUCUUUAGAACUGGAAAGAAAAGUGUGUGUGGAUCUUGAACGAGCAAAGAGAAAGCUUGAGGGAGACUUGAAACUUGCACAGGAAACCAUAGUGGAUCUGGAGAAUUAUAAACAACAUUUAGAUGAAAAAUUAAGGAAGAAAGACUUUGAUUUCAACCAGAAGCAAAAUAAAAUUGUGGAACGGCAGAAUUCAGGUACUCAAUUGCAGAAGAAGAUCAGAGAAUUGCAGGCCCAUGUUGCAGAGCUGGAGGAGGAGACUAUGAGUGAGAAAGCGACACGGGCAAAAGCAGAGAAGCAUCAUGGUGAGCUGGCUCAGGAACUUGAGCAAAUCAGAGGAAGCCUUGAAGAGGCUGGAGGAGCCACCACUGCUCAAACAGAACUUAACAAGAAGCGGGAGGCAGAAUUCCAGAAGAUGCGCCGGGACCUCGAAGAGGCCACGCUGCAGCACGAAGCCACGGCUGCCGCCCUGCGCAAGAAGCACGCGGACAGCACAGCUGAGCUGGGGGAGCAGAUCGACAACCUGCAGCGCGUCAAGCAGAAGCUGGAGAAGGAGAAGAGUGAGCUCAAGAUGGAGAUUGAUGACUUGGCCAGGAGUACAAAGACCAUUACUAAGUCCAAGGCUAAUCUGGAAAAAAGGUAUCGGACCCUGGAAGACCAGAUGAGCGAGAUGAAAGCCAAAUCUGAAGAGAACCAGAGGAAUUUGAAUGAGAUGGUGAUACAAAAAGCCCAGCUCCAGACAGAGUCUGGUGAACUACGCCAUCGACUCAAAGACAAAGAGACUGUAACGCUGCAGCUGUUGAGAAGCAAACAGGCACUUACACAGCAAAUGGAGGAACUCAAGAGGCAGUUAGAGGAAGAGAUUGAGGCCAAGAACGCCCUGGCCCACGCCCUGCAGUCCGCUCGCCACGACUGUGACUUGCUCCGGGAACAAUAUGAGGAGGAGCAGGAAGCCAAGGGGGAGCUGCAGCGCGCCCUGUCCAAGGCCAACAGCGAAGUGGCCCAGUGGAGAACCAAAUACGAGACGGACGCGAUUCAGCGCACGGAGGAGCUCGAGGAGGCCAAGAAAAAACUUGCUCAGCAUCUCCAGAAAGCAGGAGAACAGGCAGGGACUGUGAAUUCCAAGUGUGCCUCCUUGGAGAAGAUGAAUUUGAAGUUGCAGGGGGAGGUGGAGGAUCUGACGCUGGACGUAGAGAGAGCAAACACAUCAGCAGCUGCCCUGGACAGGAAACAGCAGAACUUUGAUAAGGUCAUGGCAGAAUGGAAGGGGAAGUAUGAGGAAAGCCAGCUGGAGCGGGAAGCUCUCUCUAAAGAAUCGUGCUCGCUGGACAAGGAGCUUUUCAAAGUGAAAAAUGCCUACAAGGAAAACUUAGAUCAGCUUGAAACAAUCAAACGGGAGAACCACACUCUCAAGCAGGAAGUAGCUGAUCUGACAGAGCAAAUUACUGCAAAUGGCAAAAUGAUCAGAGACCUUGAGAAAGCAAAAAAGCAAGUUGAAGUAGAAAAAAAUGGUCUGCGAUUAGCUCUGGAGGAGGCAGAGGCAGCUCUUGAGCAUGAAGAGGUCAAAAUCCUUGCUGUCAACCAAGAACUAACUCAGAUUAAGACGGAGAUCAACAGAAAGAUUGCUGACAAGGAUGAGGAGAUCAACCAGUUAAAAAAGAACCAUGAAAGGACUGUGGAGACAAUGCAGGGUGUUCUGGAUGCUGAGAUCAGGAGCAGAAGUGAAUCUUUAAGGCUGAGGAAGAAGAUGGAGGGAGACCUGAAUGAAAUGGAGAUCCAGCUCAGCCAUGCCAACCGCCAGGCUACAGAGGCACAGAAACACCUGCACAGCAUCCAGGGAGCUCUCAAGGACACCCAGCUACACUUGGACGAUGCUCUCAGGACCCAGGAUGACCUGAAGGAGCAGGUGGCCAUGGUGGAGCGCAGAGCAAACCUGCUGCAGGCUGAAGUUGAGGAGCUACGGGCAGCCCUGGAGCAGACGGAGCGGUCGAGGAAACUGGCUGAGCAGGAGCUCCUGGAUGCCACUGAACGUGUGCAGCUCCUCCACACCCAGAACACCAGCCUUUCUAAUACAAAGAAGAAGCUUGAAACUGAUAUGGCACAAAUCCAAAGAGAGAUAGAGGAUGUUACUAAUGAAUCAAAAAGUGCUGAAGAAAGAGCAAAGAAGGCAAUGACAGAUGCGACCAUGAUGGCAGAAGAGCUGAAGAAGGAGCAGGACACCAGUGCCCACCUGGAGAGGAUGAAGAGGAACCUGGACCAGACGGUGAAGGACCUGCAGCACCGUGUGGAUGAGGCCGAGCAGUUGGCCCUGAAGGGAGGCAAGAAGCAAAUCCAGAAGCUGGAGGCCAGGAUCCAAGAAUUAGAAGCUGAGCUGGAAGAAGAACAUAAACAAUCUGCAGAGGCUACGAAAAACAUCUGCAAAUAUGAGCGGCAUGUCAAAGAGCUCACUCUCCAGAAUGAAGAACACAGGAAGAACAUGAUGAUGUUACAAGAUCUGGUAGAUAAACUGCAGAUGAAAAUCAAAUCCUACAAAAGACAAGCUGAGGAAGCUGAUGAACAGGCCAAUAUUAAUCUCUCCAAAUUGAGAAAAGCACAACAUAAGAUAGAUGAGGCUGAGGAAAGGGUAGCUAUUGCUGAGAGCCAAGUAAACAAGCUCAGAGCCAAAGCCCGAGAAGGCCCUGCUACAAAGAGCCAUCUUCUGACGUAUCCUCAGCAGACGUAAAGAGCAGCCAUGGCCUCUGGAGAUGCUGAGAUGGCUGUUUUUGGGGAGGCGGCUCCUU